CAACAGGAGUGAGCACUGGAGUAUUAAAGGCGCCAUCUAUCCUCUUUGACUCACCUGUCUAAUCCUAUCUCACAACUACUAUUCACAUCACCGCCAUAACCAUCUCUCCAAUCUCAACUACUAUACUAUCACCCCACUAUGACAGACUCACCCACCACAACAACUACAUCACCACCCCUCCGCAUCGGCGUCCUCCUCUUCCCAGGCUUCCAAGCCCUCGACGUCUUCGGCCCCCUCGACGUCCUCAACGUCCUCUCCUGGUCCAUCAACACUCCCUCACCCACCUCCCCAUCUCCAACUCCAACUCCACCCAUAUCCCUAACCCUCCUCUCCACCACCCUCACCCCCAUAUCCACCCUCCCCCCCUCCCUCCCCAACGCCCUCUCCCAAUGCAUCCUCCCAACAGCAACCCUCACCUCUGCCCCGCCGCUCGACGUCCUCCUCAUCCCCGGAGGCUGGGGCACUCGCGCCCCGCUCCCCGAACACAUCGAGUACAUCCGCUCCGUCUACCCGUCCCUCAAGUACCUCUUGACAGUGUGUACGGGUGGAAAGCUAGCUGCUAGGGCGGGCGUGCUGGAUGGGAAGAGGGCCACGACGAAUAAGAAUGAUUGGGAGAGUGUGGUUAGGGAUGCUCCUGGCGUGGAGUGGGUGAGGGAGGCGAGGUGGGUGGUUGAUAAGUCUACUGCGAAGGGAGAUGGGGUGGGUGUAGAGGUGUGGAGUUCGGCUGGUGUGAGUGCCGGUGUGGAUUUGAUGUUUGCUUGGGUGGAGAGUAUUUGGGGUGAGGAGGUCGCGGGGAAGGUUGAGAGGGUGUUGGAGUUUAGGAGGUGGAGGGAGGGUGGGGUGGAUCCUUUUGUUUAGUUUGUUAGGGAUUAGGAUUGAUUGUAUUUUAG